UUUGACCUCGAACACGUGAUGAAAUUGUAUCCAGUGCUGUAUGAGGAAUCCAUGAACACAGUACUCAGGCAGGAACUGAUCAGGUUUAACAGGAGGUGACGAGUCAGGAGCACACCAUGAAGCAGCUGCCCGAAGACGGCGCCUACGUCAAGGGCCUCUUUCUGGAAGGAGCCCGGUGGGACAGGGAGACCAUGCAGAUCGGCGACUCCUUCCCCAAAAUCCUUUACGACGUCCUGCCCAUCAUUUGGCUGAAACCCGGAGAGAGCGCCAAGUUUUUGCACGAGCGGAUCUACUUGUGCCCCGUCUACAAAACCAGCGCCCGGAGAGGCACCUUGUCCACCACCGGACACUCCACCAACUACGUCCUCUCCAUCGAACUCCCUUCCGACCUUCCCCAGAAGCACUGGAUCAACCGGGGCGUGGCAGCCCUUUGCCAGUUAGACGACUGAACUGUACAUACAAAAACAGAUGUAUGUAUUCCCGCAGCUUCCCAUUAAAAGAUGUAAGUUUUGACCUUG